GCUGUCCACAUCGGGAUCUUGUCACGGGAAGGCGCGAGCGGCGAGCAUGACCCGCGACGACGAUGGCACUCCCUGACCUCCCCCCCCGCGAGGCCAUGGAGGGCGACGGUGCCACGAGUGCCCUGGAGGCCUCGAGUUCCAUGUCCGAGGAGGAGCGACUGGCCGAGAGCGAGCACAUGAUCGACCUGACGGUGGCGGUGCUCAUCCUUACCAUCUUCUCCUUCUUCUUCGUCAUCAUCCUCGCCAUCCUAUGCAUGAACUGGCUGGAGAGGAAGAG